AUGGAGCAGAACGCUGGUGGCGUAGGAUCGCAACAAGCUGAGCUUCUCGUCGGUUUCCAGGAGGCAACUCCCAUCAACAGAACAGAUAUUACUAAUAAUCAACAUCAACAAAUUAAUCAAAACUCACUGAAACGAGCCAAAGAAGGUGAUGAUUCAUUUGAGCGUGAACAUCGAUUGGUUUCGAGCAACAACAAAUACUUUUAUAAUAGUAAUAAUCGUCCAACAACCACCACAUCUACAACUACAUCUUCUGGACGUAUUGGUACAACUGUUGGUGCACGUCAAGCAUCCUUCCCUCCUUUCAAAAUUAAUUUUGUCAGUGACGAAGUUCCAUCCGAAUUAGCUAUCAUUAAGGACAUUAACAAGAACUGCAAAAUCAGUUUGUCCUAUGGGCGAUUUUCGUCAACAGGGAACAAGAAAAGUUUUCUUCUUUAUGCAAAUUCGAACGACCAAUUUGAACGAUUAUUAAACAAGAACGUAUGGCCGAUCACUAUCUGCUCUCACGACUACAUUCUAGAUAUUCCAUCUAAGGUGCCAACUUCAUAUUCCUUAAUUGCAACGGGUGUUCCGGCUCAAUGGGAUCUAACGGAUUUCGAGCUAGAUGUUAAAAAGCAACAUCCAUCAAUUAUUAAAGUCGAGCGAAUGAUGGUAAGGGGUGGUACUCCCAUCUCUAAAGUUCGCAUUGACUUUUCCUCUAAUCAAGAUGUUCAAAAACUUCUCAAAUGCAAACGAUUACUACUGGAUGAUGAAAAUACUUCUUUCAUGGUUCAACAAUAUUAUCCACCAUUUAAAAUCCUUCGUUGUUACAAUUGUCAACAAUACAAUGAUCAUGUCGCAGCAAACUGCCCACAUAAAGACAAUCCAGUCUGCUUUAGAUGUGGACAAAAUCAUCCAUACAAUCCUAGCUGCUCGAAUGCCAUCUGUUGUGCAAAUUGCGGAGAAGAGCAUCUUGCUGGGAAUCCUAAUUGUCGAGUCAAAAUUGCAGAACGUAUCAAAUGCAAAUCAAAUACAAACACAUCAAAUGAAUAUCAAACAUCUACAACCAAAACAACACCCAAUGCAUGGACAAAUACAACAUCUAAAUACAUCCCUGUUUUCGACUGUCAACCAUCAACGACAACUACUACUUCAACAACAACAGUAGAAAAUCCAAAAAGCGAUAUAUCAAUCGAAAUCUCAAAUAAAUUAGAUUUAAUCUUGAACAAAAUCAAUCAUCUAACUGAUGAAUAUGUUAAUCUUAAAGCUAACUUCAACAACGUCGAGCAACAAAUCAGAUCGUGUCAACAAGUGAUUAACUUAUUCAAGAUUUUUAUAACUGAACAAAUGUGUCCACUGAUUAUGGAGGUUGGCGAGGGAGUAAUGGGAAAGAAACAAGACAUGAACAAGAAAAAACUUCGUCCAUUGAUUUCAAAUUUUAGUGAAGGUCUUGAACUAUUGACAAAGUCGUUCGAAAUAAACUCCAUUCAACCAUCGUCGUAUGAAUCCAUCAGCGAAGAUCUUUAA